AUUCUGGUUAAAUGGUAACAAUUGUCCUGCAAAAGUGAAUUAUCUAUUAUCUUCAGGAUUAACAUUAAUCUUAUUGGGUCUAUUAAGUUUCAUUUUGUGGUAUAAAAGAUGACAUUUUGGUAUAUUUACAUCCAGUUAGUCUAUUACAAUGAUGAAGACUACAAUCGGGGUUUUGGCAAUCGUUGCCUUCUGCUUUAUGUGGCAUGUGUACGCUACAGCAAACUGUACAGCCACUGGACCGGGCCGUUACGUGGAACCCACUGACACAACAUGCAAGAACUAUACACUCUGUGUCUACAUAACUGCGAAUAACACCUAUUUGGCGUACAACUACGUAUGUCCUACCACUUCGUUGUUCAAUCCCAACUUAGCUCGUUGUACCAGUAACUAUACCUGUACUACUAAUGCUGGGUAAAAGCCACUAAUAUACUUGGUAUAAUUGCCGUCUUCAAAUUAAUUUUAUUAAAGCAAUUUUAUGUUUUAAGUUCAGAAGAUUUAAGGCC